AUGUCAUCAGCCAACUGGCACUGGAAGCAAUUGGAUUGCAGCAAUUUCGCAAAAGAAUACUUCAAGGAGAAGCUCGUUGGACUGAAAAUCAACGAUGAACUCACUAUAGAAGAACUCAAGGAGUGUGAUGGAGAUGUAACUCUCGGGCAACGUAAAUCAAAAUUAGUAACGAUCUACGAUUUGAAGAUAGUCAUCGAAUGGACAGUCGGCGAGCUUAGAGGCCGCACACACGUACCAGAAGUAUCUCAUGAGGCUAUCGAUGGUCUCGACGAGUACGUUUUCGAUUCAUCGAUACUCAACGGCAAACCAGAUGGAAAGUUCGACCACAUUCGCAAACAAGUUAUCCCCCAAACCCUCAAAUCUAUCUUUGAUCAAUUCCCUGUUGAUCUCCGUGAAAAAUAUGCCUCUCACGUACAAGUUUCAUCUCAGUCGACCACCCCUUCACAACCAUCCACACCCGCUCCAGAAGCUUCAGCUGUGAAGAAAACUGAGAAAGUAGAGGUUCCAAAGAAACCUGUGGCUCAGAAAGGCUCACUCAAUACCUCCACUAUAAAAUUGGAAGAGCGCUACCAGAUUUCUGCGUCUGAGUUAUUUGAUGUUCUCACCAACAAGCAGCGCGUGCCCAUGUGGACUCGUGCACCUGCAGAGAUUGAGCCAAAGGUUGGUGCCAAUGUUGUUCUCUUUGGCGGCGGUGUGAGAGGUAAGGUUACCGACGUUGAGGCUGAGAAGAAGAUUACGAUGGACUGGACACUCACAGGCGGAAAGUGGCCAGAAGGACACAAGGCUUCUUUGACUAUCGAUCUAAACCAGAGUGAUGAUUCAACUGCUGCUGAGUUCAUCUUGAAUGGCGUACCAAUCGGACUUGAGGAUGAUGUUCAGCCUAGCUUAGAACAGUACUACAUCAAACCUCUCAAGUUGCUCUUCGGUACAGUUCUUUAG